AACCAUAGUAUGCAAUAAAUUUUAUAGGAUUGCGCCGUCAGCUAUACAUUACAUUACACCCCCACAAACAAUAAUCAAAACCUUUCACCACACACAACCUCAAUUAAUUUUUGCUUACAAUUAUUUGUCCUUUUAUUUUAACAGAUAGAUAAGAUCAUAAAUAGGCAAUAUCAGAAAUAGACAUCUUAUAGAUAAAAGACAUGCUCAUGCUCACUUCUUCUCACUUUCUUUGCCCAUUUAAAAAAUAUCACUCCAAAUUGCAUACCCUUUUCAAUCUCAUCCUCUUCUCCUUCUUAUCACAGUUUGAUCUGAUUAAUUAGUGUUUUUGAAGAGUUGAAUUAUAUAUAUGGGUUUGAGUUCUAAACAGGUUUCUAGCAGUGGACUUGAUAAUUGGAAACAGAACUUAUUGGAAUCUCAAGACUUAGAGCUACCAAAACCUCAUCACAUGAUGAGAAAACAUCAUCAACAACAACAACAACAACAACAAACAGAACAGGUUUUGAAGUGUCCAAGAUGUGAAUCAACAAACACCAAAUUUUGUUACUACAACAACUACAACAAGUCUCAGCCUCGCCAUUUCUGCAGAGCUUGUAAAAGACACUGGACUAAAGGUGGAACUUUACGCAAUGUUCCUGUUGGUGGUGGCAGAAAAAAUAAAAGGGUCAAAAAAUCAAACACACCAAUUACUUCUUCCACCACCAAAACCACAACAACAGCAACUAAUGCUAUUUGCACCCCCUCAAUUUCAAAUAUGAAUGGUAAUGGUUUGAAUAGCAACAUGACUAUUCAAACCCCUCUUGGAAUUAGUGAUCAAAAAAGUAAUAAUAUUCCUUCAUCUCUCUAUCAAGCUCUUAUUCAUCCACCAUCUUUGUUUCUACAACAGAGUUUGAUGAAUACUAGAGACUUAUUAGAAAGCAAAGAUUUUGGUAUUGGUAAUGGAAUUUUUACUAGUACUAGUUGUUCAACUUAUCCUAUUCUUCCUCAAAAUCAAAGCUUACUCUUCCCUUUUUCAACAUCAAGUUCUUUUGACACUACCACUUGUCCUUCUUCCAAUGUUUAUUACUAUGGUGAGGAGUUUAAAACAAUGGAAGAACCAACCAUCAACAGUAUAGUUCCAAGCACAAAGCCAUGGGAGAUGUCAUUACCAGGAACUACAACUGCUGGAAUGGAAACUUCAAAGUAUUGGAAUUGGGAAGACAUUGAUUCAUUAGUAUCAACUGAUUUAAAGGAUCCUUGGGAUGAUUCUGAUAUCAAACCUUGAUACUAAAGAGAAAAACGAGUAACACCAAUGACAUGCGCUAUGCAUGGUUUUAAAUUGCAGUUGCGGUUGAGGUUACGCUACACAUUUUUAUGUUGCACAUUUAGCCAAUCAAUAUUGUAGUCGUAUAUAUUACGACUGUAAUUACGAUUGCAGACUGCAAUUUAAAACCAUAACAAAUACAUGUGUUAUGUGUUAUUGUCCAUAGAUUAAUUAGCUAUUUAAUUUAAUUUAAUUGGGAUGUUUUUGUGUUUCAUACAGAUAAGUAAGUGUUUUGGUUUUCCAUAUGGGGCAUAGUAUUAUUUGGUGCUGGUUUUUUCUGCAUAUGUAAUUCUUAUCAAACAACAGUAUUUGGAUUGGAGCUGUCAUGUUUUAGUUUCAGCUUCAGCUUUAAGCAAAAGGGUCCCAAUUAGCUGUAAUCCACUCAGUUUGCCUAUUUGUUUAUCUCUCUAUUAUUUUCUCUAAAUCUCUAAUAAAUUGGUAUGUUAGUUUA